AUUCUAUUCAGUUUUUACUGUUUCAGCAAUAGGAAAGCAGAGGCUUUAAUAAUCUAAAAUUAACUUGAAUAAUAUGGGUUUGUGGUUUGUUGUGACGCAGUUGUUUGUGUUUAGAUGUUGAAACUUUGUGUAACAAUAAUUAUAACUAAAACUAAAUGCCGGAAAAGGUUUUUCCAUGACCUACGCAACAGAAAUAGGGUGAUCUGAGCUUUGUUCCAAUCACAGCAGGAAACUGUAUAAUUUACGUCACGAUUAGGUAUUCAGGAGUGGUUUCGAAAACCAUUAUGGGACAAUGGGACGAUUUUCGACUUUUUGAAACAGACUUAUAAAUAUCAGGUGGCAGUUCCUAAUAACCCAGAAAAAUGAGUUCUGUUUACGUACGACUACAAAAAUAUGAAUUUAGCCCAGGAAAUAUUAUAUCCGGGGAAGCUAUAUGUUAUUUUAAAUCACCAAAAGAAUUCAGAAAGAUAAGGAUACGACUACAAGGCCGGGAGCAUACUAGCUGGACAAAACAAGAGACUUAUUAUGACAGUUCACAGAAAAAACAUAAUUCUAGAACUGUUCAUUACAGUGGAGAUAAUACAUUUCUUGAGCAGGAUGAUAUAGUACGUGACCAAGAUACACUUUUAAGUGGCGAGCAUGUAUUUCCAAUAAGCUUUCAACUACCUGAUGAUAUACCUAGCAGCUUCCAAUGUCGAUAUGGAUACAUUGCUUAUACUAUAAAAUUGACAGUUGAUAUACCAUUCAAAUUUGACCUAGAAGACACAAAAGAUAUCAAAAUCGUUGCACCUGUAAAGUUGCAUGAUAUUGCACUAAAAAUGAUAAGAGGUUGUGAGUUGGAAGAUGAAAAAACAAUAUGCUGUUGGUGCUGUGCAGGCGGUAAUAUGGAAAUGCAAGUUAGUUUACCAUGCAAAGCAUUUGCCGUAGGCUAUCCAGGAUUUGUUAAAGUGUAUAUUUUAAACAUGUCCAAUGUUAAUGUGGACGACCUGACUGUGAAUAUAGGCCAGGUACUCAGAUUCAAAGCAACUGAUCCAGGUAGCGAUUAUAAGUACGAUUCUGAGAAAAUUGCUGUGUCCCAUAAUAGUGGCGUUGGUGCUCAUGCUGAUAAAACCUACAAUCUUGAAUUGAAAAUACCAAGUUCUUCUGUAGUUCCAAAUUUUACAAGAUGCCAGUUAUUUCGAUGUGAACACGAACUUAAAGUUACCGCGGGUAUAUCUGGCUGCCACAAAAAUUUAGAAGUUUCCACAGAUGUAGCCGCUUGUCAUGAACAUCCCAAUAUGCACCCACUCCAUCAAGAACAUCAAACACAAUCAAACGCAAUGCAAAAUAAGAAAAGUUCUUCUUGGGAAACGAUAGGAGCGGAAGAAUAUGCUGGAGAGGCACCUCUCAUUAGUCAACCAAUGCCUAUGUCUAUGCCCAUGUGCCCUGAGUCAGGACCAAUGCUAAUGCCCAUGCCGGGUCAUGCUAAUCCAGCACCGAAUUUUGGUUUUUUUAAUCCAUCCGCACCUCCACCACCUAAUGCUCCUUCUGCUCCUCCAAAAAUAGAUUUUGGAGAUAACUCUCGUAUAGGACAGCCUUCAAUUAUUGAACCCCCACCUUCUUAUGACGAACUUGCCAGACAACAUGUCCUUCAAAUGCGUCAAAAUUGAUCCCUAAACAAUUAUUCACAUCUAAAAUUUUGACUGAAAGUGGAAUAGUUUUGACAUUUAGUUUUAUGUAAAGACAUUAAAUAGGUAUUAUGAAUGAAUCAACAUUUCUUUAAACGGGCUAGAAGGGAGACUCUUAUUGUGAAUGGGAUGGUAGACGAGCAAAACUUCAUUUAAUUUAGGAAACGCUUUAAUGCUUUAUUAUUAAUAUAAGCUUUGGCUUUGCACAUUAAAAUAUUUUUAUUAUAUAUUAUAUUAUGAUUAGGUAUAAAGUAGGAAAAAUGAGACUGCACAAAAUAUGCCUACCUACUUCUACUUCUACCUAUUACUAUUUUAUAUAUUAUAUUUAUUGAAUUGUGAGUUUUGACAAUGUAUACCCAAUAAACAUUUUUGUUUUUAUAAUAUUUACCGUAAAUGUUAUAUCACCUUCUUUAUAUAACUUAAGGUUUUAUAUCCAUUUACCGAAAUAUUUCUGUUACUCCUAUAGACCCUUUAAAGAGCUUAAAUUGAGCGUUUAUAAAGGUUUCGAAAACCUGUGUUUAGUAUUGGUAUAUAACUUUAAUUUAUGUAACCAUUGGUCACGGAAAUAUUGUGGUAACCACUAUAUAACUUUUGUCAAUUCUGUCAUCAUUAUAAAUACAUAUUUUUUCUCUCUCAAAUACAUUGCUUUAAAUGGUCUCCUACUAUUCUAUUCCCACAAUUCUAUUUCAAGAUGUCUGUUACUAAAAAAAAACAAAUAUGGAGUCCAAAUAUUAAUAAUAUUUACCUAUUAGAAAACGAUGGUACUUUGUUGUAAUUUUACAGCAUUGGUAGACUCAAAAUAUAGUUGGGAAACUUUUUCUACUGCAAAACUAGAACCGGUACUUCGAAAAAACGCAGGGGCCCUUCAAAUAUUCACUUUUUAUUAAUUUCAAAUCAGUUUUCUCACAAAACAUACACAUAUAAAUAUUAAUUAAAAUGAGACUUAAGAAGAAAUUAAUGUCAUUUCCGUUUUGCAUAUGCCAGUAUUAAACAAUUAUUGUAUAUUUUGCAUCAAAAUCAGCUUAAUCUAGUGUUUUUGCAACGCAUCUUUUUUAUUAUUAUGAUUUUGGUUAGAAAAAUAUGGCGGAUCACUUUAGUAACAAUAUAAACUCUGGAAACUAUAUUAUCACCUAAGGUUAUAUUUUAUAACUAUUAGUAACAUUAUGUACUUAACUUUUAACCAGAUGCCGUCAGCGCCGGUAUUGGCAAUUUUGGUCUCAAAAUAGUGUUAUUGCUAUUAUAAUCAUCAUGUUUAUCAGUUCCCUCAAGUAAUUUAUUUUCUUGUCUACGAAAUUGUGUUUAGUGUCCUCGUGGAAGAUACUGAGGGCACUGAAUUUGAGAUUUUAUUAAAUUUUUUUGAAAUUUUCCGGCGAAAUGAUGUACUGAACUUCAUUUUUUUCAAAAUCAUUAUGCACAGAUUUCUUAUAACAAUAAUAAACAACAACAGACACCUGAUUAUUGUCAUAUGUCAAAUUAGGUAGUUUCGUUUUACUAAAGGUUUUAUAAAAGAAAUUAUCGUUACCAAAAGUUUUAUAACAUAUACUGCAAACACUACUAGUUUCCAGGUUCUAUAAAGGUGAUUGACAACACUUUUAUAUAACUAGGGGUAUUCUAGUUAUAUAAAUGAGGUAACGGUAACCUUUAUAAAAAUUUCUUAUAAAUACUUUAGUAACGGGUACUAAAAGUUUUAUAAAAUGGUGAUGGAAAUAGUUACAUCACCUUAUUAUAUACCUGUAAGUUAUAGUAAACUUAUAAAUACUUUAUAAAACUAUGUUACCAUAGGUUGCAGAUUAUAAAACUUGGAAACCUUCUUAUAUACCUUUGUUACUAUUAUAUACCCAUUAUAUAACUUGACGUUACUAUAAGUUGCGAAAAAUGUUUAUUGGGUAAGUAUAGAGUAACAUUUUUGAAAAAGAUUGUUCAAUGAGUGUGUACAAUAUAAAUAUUAUCUUAUGCUAGCAUAUAGAAUUUGUGUAGGUACAUAUAAUUUGGAGCUUUUUGUUUUGUCUUUAUUUGGCCACUAGAUAUCCAAUGGAACUUUAUAUAACAAAUAAUUUUAGACGUAA